GGGAUGAAAUUUGCUGCCUUAUUUGGGCCGAGACAUAACCACUGUUGGUCUCCCCUUGGCACGGCCGUUGUUCAAGGCCAAGUUUUCCAGAGACUGGAAGCCCCUCGUAUCAUACCCAGCAGGCCUGUCACCUCAGGAAGUGCCACAUUAUUUAUUGUUUUAGGACAACACUUACUACUAGAAGCUGAUGAAUUAAGGAGUAGCAGCUGGUAUCAACUGAGGAGAUGAACAAGUCACUAAAAUCCUCAUCCAGUAGGAAAGCCCAGAGUCUGGAGAAAUUCAGCAAUUCUCCCGAUGCAUGUGCCCAGGGGUCUUGGAGCUCACCCCGCCAAGCUCACAGAACACAGACCCCGAGGAAGGGGCAGGCCGGUGGCCCAAGUUUAGCUCAGGACAAAGAACCCACAGGAGAUGUUCCAUCGGCAGAGACCCUACAGCUCGGCAGCCAUCCUUCAAAGGGGAACCUGUUAGCCAGCCCUUCUUCCACUGCCUCUGCUGCCUCUAGCUCUGCUGCCCACACCAUUCCAUACUGUUCACCGGAGCAGCUCACACCGCGGCCGAACUCCCCGCUCCAGCCCUCCCCCUGCGGACCUGUACCUCGUGGGGAGGCGGAGCUGCAAGGUUCCGUCCCGCCCACCUCCUUCCGGUUCGUUCGUCCACUUCCUCCACUUCCUCCACCAGCCACUUAAUGCUGAAUGCCAGACCUACUUUCAACCCAUCAACUCUUUUGUGAGCGUCCAGUUAUCUAACCCGAGGCGCGUCUACACGGACACCACCAGCCUCUGAAAGCUGAGAGGAGCACAGUCAAGGGACACGGCGGUGCCCACACGCAGCGCCUUCCGAGCCACACAACAGAGCUGCACCAGCAUCAUCCUGGGAAUGGAGGGAGGGUUCCCUCAUGAGGAAAUGGCUGAGGCUUUCUUAAGUGAAAAAGCCAGUGCUGGGGACACGCCGUUUAUAUAAUUAAUUAUGGGCGAAUGGACAUAGAACAUGGAGACGUGAAGUCCGGGAUGUAAUGGACCCUAGAAUACCUCCCCCCCCUCCCCCCAGCUUAAAAAUGUUGCUUUCCGGAAGAAAAAGUCUUCCCUAAACAGUAAGCUUUUAGAUUUCAAAAAUAGUAACAUAUUUUUAAAUACUUUAAGUACUUACUAUGGACUUUUUUCUAAGAAAUUACAUUUAAAGUAUAAUUGCCACUUACUAACAUUACCAUGUCAUAUAAAACAGGUAACAACAUAAUUUCAGAAUAAGGGACAGAUACAAGUAGUUUUAAAAAAGGAGUCUAGGAGUGGUUGGGUGGCUCUGUUGGCUAAGCGUCUGACUCUUGAUU